GACUCCUCCCACCGACGCCCUAUGUGAGAGUGUUGCAACAAACUUGAGUAAUCAAUCGCUUUUUUAGUGUUCGUAUUUUUUUGCGUCUGGAUUAAGCUCGUCGUAAAAUGCAAGCACUGAGAACUCGUUUCCGUUCGUGGUCAUCAAAUGCCAGACUUGAUGGUAAAACUGUUUUAAUUACUGGUGCCAAUACUGGAAUUGGCAAAGAAACCGCCAUUGACCUGGCAAAGAGAGGAGCUCGGAUUAUUAUGGCAUGCAGAGAUAUGGAGAAAGCUGAUGCAUCCCUGAAGGAAGUUAUUGAAGCUUCAGGAAACCAGAAUGUUGUUACCAGCAAACUUGACCUGUCGGAUUCCAAAUCGAUUAGAGAGUUUGCAGAGAAAGUCAAUACUGAGGAGAAGCAAGUCAACAUCUUGAUCAAUAAUGCAGGCGUGAUGGUUUGUCCUUAUGGAAAGACUGUAGAUGGUUUUGAAAUGCAAAUCGGUGUGAACCACAUGGGUCACUUCCUGUUGACAUAUUUGUUAUUGGAUUUGAUAAAAAGAUCAACACCUGCCAGGAUCGUCAGUGUCUCAUCUAUGGCUCACCAGUGGGGGACCAUCAACCUGGAAGACAUUAACAGCGAGAAGAAUUAUGAUAAAAAGAAAGCGUACAGUCAGAGCAAGCUGGCAAACAUUCUUUUCACUCGCUCAUUGGCCAAAAGACUAGAAGGUACUGGAGUGACGGCAUAUUCUCUCCAUCCUGGGGUGGUACAGACCGAACUCUGGAGGCACUUAAGUAAACCUCAACAGGCUGCCAUGUGGAUAAUGAAGCCCUUCACAAAAUCAUCUGUGCAGGGAGCUCAGACCACCAUCUACUGCGCCGUGGACCCUGAAAUCGAGAAAGAGAGUGGCAAAUAUUACAGUGACUGUGCACCUGCAAACUGUGCUCGAGCUGCCAUGGAUGAUGAUGUGGCCCAGCGUCUCUGGGAACUCAGCUGUAAGAUGCUCAACAUCACAUGGGAGUGAAACUCUACUCAGUUCCUGAUGAUUAAAGGAUUUUUUAAAGUUAAUUUAUAAGUUAUGGCUGCUAUUUAACACACUAUCACAAGGAGAUCUAACACAAAGUUUAUGUAGAGUGCACAGUAGAGUGACCAUAGCAACAGGCAGAGAGGCUAGCUUUGAGUAGAACACUAGCUAGAUAUGGAUCAAUGGCUAAAAAAACACGCCGUUCCAAGCAGCAGCAGUGCUAGUGGCAGCUCAAGUGAACCCAUGGAAAAAAGAAAAAAAAAAGCUGAUAAGUCAAAGUACCGGCAAUUUCAUGAACAGUAUGUCAUUUUCGGUUUCACGUCCACACCUACUGAACCGCCUCAGACGCUGUGUUUCCUCUGCGGGGAUGUGAUCUCUAAUAAUAGCAUGAAACCAGCCCAUUUACAACGACACCUAAGUACCAAGUUGUUGGUUCUUGGUUGUUCCCAAGACACAGUUUCGUUCUGUGAUAAAGCAUUUUCUUCCUAUGCUUUGGAAUUCAAAUACAUUAGUGACUUUUAAAUCUUUUCUCAAAACAUUUUAUUUUAGGACUGCUUUUACUUGAUUAUUAAUUGUAUUAGUUUAUUUUUGUAUUUAAAGUGUGUAUUUUUCUCUGUUGUUAUGUUUGCCUGUAAAGCGCUUUGAGAAAGCAACUUUUAAAGGUGCUAUAUAAAAUAAAUUUAUUAUUAUUAUUAUUAUUAUAUAAAAUGUGAUCUUUGUUUUUGUAUAAUUGGUCUGGACAUGUGAAGAUGUGAAAAAGUCAUACAAAUAUUGAACAAAGAAGUAUUAUAUUAUAAUAGUUAUAGGAAGUAAAAAUAUCAUUAUUUACAGGUAAAUUCAGGUAUCACCUAAAAUUUACACCAAAUCUAAAAAUCACACCGAUCACAUGCGCUUGUGGGGGUACUUCAGGCAGGAUAAAAUGUUUUGGGGGUACAGUACCCUAAAAAGGUUGGGAACCACUGGUAUAUGUAAAUAAUUCUUUGUUUUUGGAAACAAUUGAAUUUUUGUAUCCUGGUUUUGAUUUUUCAAUAAAGAAAAGUUUUGGUAUGGCCUAAAUGGAAAGUAAAUGUUAAAAUAUUUGCGUAAGUAAAAAUUAUAUAUUUCACUCUACUGUAGCUUACAAUACUUACUGCAAGUUUUUGGUCAUGCAACCUUCUUGCAAGCUAUAGUAGUUGCAGGAGUUUUGUUUUUCUAUAUUCAGUUCUAUGUCUUAAGCACAUACCAGUAUCAGAAAAUAUACAUUUUAGACUCCCAAACAUUUAUUUUGCAAAUAGAAGUACAGGGAGCCCUGCAACAGAUGACACGGCCCACACAGAGCCCCCCACUGAACAUUGAGUCAGUCUGGGAUUACAUGAAGAGACAGAAGCAAUUGAGACAGCCUAAAUAAAUAGAAGAACUGUGGCGAAAUCUCCCAAGAAGCUUGGAACAUCCUAUCAACCAACAACCGAGAAAAACUGUGGUGUACCUUGGAGAAUUGGUCUGGUUUUGAAAGCACAACAAAUUUUGAAUUGGCCGGUUUUAUGUUUACUGUUGUUUGUAUGAUGUUAAUUGAUAAAUGGAAACUAUACAUGGUAUUAUUUUUUAAGAAAUCCUUACAAUGCAACAUUUUUCUCAAGUGCCUAAAUCUUUUGCACAGUACCGUAUAUCAAACAUUUACUAAUUAUGCAUUUAAUAGGUUUUGUCCCCCAGAGAAAAAGUGCAAAAAAUAAUAAUAAUAAGAUAUUUAUUUUAUUUUUAUUAUGGAAAAAUGUGUCAUCUCUACUCACACUUUGACCCAGUCACCAUGGCAACCUCUAAUCAGCUCUGCUCUCCCCCUGACCCAGUCACUAUGACACCCUCUAACUGCAGCUCAACCAGAACCCCUCUCAGGCUCUACUCUCCUGUCACCAUGAAAAUAUCCCACUGCACAAUAUUCUCUGGGCAAUGCAGUGAAACAUAACAAUAGUACCAAAUAGUGGCAAAAAAAAUUAAAGGACGUCU